GCUUGCUUCGGAAUUGUAUUUUUGUCAUCACUAUUUAUAUUUCACGGCACAUUUGGUAUAUAAAACAAGAAGUUUGUUGGUGCUGUCUCGCUGCUGUCAGUCAUAAGCCCCUGCCUUUGACGCCUUUGUGAUUUUCCGGCUGCCCACAACCCAGCCCCCCAGGUGUCAUCCAACGCCCACAGUGACCUAUGGCGCAUUUCAAUCUUGAAAAUGACAUCAACAGUGCUCUGCGGAUGGAUGUUCCAAGUGCCAGGCCUCCACUUAUGAGGGUCCAACGGUUUGAACAAACUGGCGGUAGCUCUUCUUUCAACACAAGUACAACAGCCACCAAAACACCAAAUAAAAGUUUGAACAAAUCGUUGUCUAGUGGAGCUCUAGCCAAGACGCCUUCUGCAGCCAAGACUCCAAAUUCCGCUGGAAGGAAGAAAACACCAGGAGCAAAACCGCCUAAAACUCCUACAGCUGGUGACAGAUUCAUUCCCAACAGAAGUGUAAAUAACUUUGAUUUGGCGCAUUACAAGAUAUGUACACAGGCAAGGCCAAGUGAGGAUGAACAGUCCAUGAUGAGUCCCUCUCAACAGGAGUACAAAGCAGUCAUGAGUGAAAACUUAAAUGGAGACCUCAUGGACAAAAAGAUUCUUUCUUUUAAAGAGAAACCUCCUCAAGCCCCUGAAGGUUAUCAGAAUGACCUGAGGGUUCUUUACACCACGGGAAAGAUGGGUUCAACAGCUAAAAAGACAACGCGUUACAUCCCUCAAGUGCCAGAGAGAAUACUUGAUGCACCUGACAUUCUGGAUGAUUAUUAUCUGAGUCUCAUUGAUUGGUCGGCGCUGAAUGUCUUAGCUGUUGCCCUCGGCACCAGCGUUUAUCUGUGGGAUGCUACAACUGGGGGAAUAAACUUGCUUCUGGAGAUGGACAGUUCUGGAGGAGAUUACAUAAGCUGCGUCAACUGGACCUCUGACGGAAAUCAUUUGGCAGUUGGACUAUCAUCAGGGGCUGUAGAGCUGUGGGACCCUGUGCAGAAGAAAAGGCUACGGACGAUGGCUGGUCAUGCUGCUCGAGUAGGGGCUUUGUCAUGGAACUCGUACUUACUCACUAGUGGCUCUCGUACGGGCAGCAUCCAUCACCAUGAUGUGAGGGUGGCUGAGCACCAUGUGGGCACCUUGCAAGGACACACCCAGGAAGUCUGUGGGCUGAGAUGGUCUCCAAACGGAAACUUUUUGGCCAGCGGUGGCAAUGACAAUCUGCUCAACAUCUGGAGGGCAAACAGUGGUUCUCUGAUGACCGGCACGGAACCUCUCUACACCUUUAAUGAACAUCAGGCUGCCGUGAAGGCUUUAGCAUGGUGUCCAUGGCAACCAAAUGUCCUGGCAAGUGGAGGAGGAACAGCUGAUCGGCACAUUCGACUGUGGAACUGCAACAAUGGAGGAAGUUUAAGUUCAGUCGACACUAAAUCUCAGGUGUGUGCUCUUCUGUGGUCAGCAGAACACAAGGAACUCAUUUCAGGACACGGAUUCUCUCAAAACCAGCUGACCCUUUGGAAAUAUCCAGCAAUGACCAAAAUUGCGGAGCUUACAGGCCACACGGCGAGAGUGCUCCACAUGUGCUCAUCGCCUGACGGGGCGACUGUAGUCUCUGCUGGUGCCGACGAGACGCUCAGGUUGUGGAAGUGUUUUGCUAUCGAUGAACAGGCCAAGAAGACAAAAUCCAAGACCGCCAGCAAGGACGACAGAUCCAGCCUGAGAUUUCACAUGCGGUAGUGGCUUGUGUUACUCUGUACUUGAAUGCUUCAUGCAUGGUGCUUUUUCAAUGUUGGAAGGUAGUGUCUAUUUUAGUGGCAUACUUUUAAACUAGGUAUGGUGCAGGAAAUUUCAGUCUCUGAUCAAUUGACUCUGUUUUACUUUUGCUGUAGAUAUUUCCUGUCUAGUGGUGCACUCAAUUGUGUUGUUUUGAGUAGGCAUUGGGGUGUGCAGUCAAUAUCCUUUGCAAACAUUGCUGGCAUUUAAUGCAUUUAUUUGUCGAAUGUAGUCUGAUCAUGUCUUUCGCGUAUGAAAUCAGAACCAAAGGUGACCCCCAAAGAUGUUGAAAUUGCAAUAACUCAUUGACUGAAAACAAAUCAAUUUGGUUGAAAUAUGAUGUAGUAUCAAUUUGUUUGAUAGAGAACACUUUGGUUGGUGACGUUGAGGUUAGAGUAUCAAAUGAAGGAUGGUAAUAUCAGUUAGCCUUGCUUAAGACAUUGCAACAUUUAUAUAUUUAUGUGAUAUUUUAGGACGACCUUUGGUACUGACUGUUCUGUGUGUAAAUAAUGUAGCGGUACUGGAAAUAUUUUCUUUCUUUUUUUUUGGUCAGUGCCUGAAUAUGAUAUUACUUUCAAGUAAUAUCUGAAGGGGUUUUGAUCUCCUCAAAUGUUAGAGGCUCUUGUUUUUGCGUAAUUCUACUCUAUUUUAUCAGACACAUCUUUAGAACUGCAGGGGUACCCACCUUUGUGAAAUUGGCUGAAUCGAUAUGAUUUUUUAAAAUUUUACGCAAAUAUGCACUGGCACCCUUUUAGAGGCAUUCAUUGCACUGACUUUUCUUUUGGAGAAGAGGAAGAAAGGGGGGGGGGGGGAACGGUCGAAGAAAGGAUAAAAAAUUUAGACUUUUCAAGAUUCUGAGGAUAGUCUCAUAUUUUAUGUGAAUUUUCAUUCAGUGACCCUGAUAUUGAAGAAGUGCUCAGUCAGGCUGAGGUGUGAGGGUCCUCUUGAUGACUUCUACUUUUUCUGUUGUCCUUUUUUUAUGUGUGUGUGGGUGUGCACAGGUAGUUUGCUUCUUCUUCCCUAUCAAACAUCUAUCGUCCUCAUCU